CGUCGCAUACGUCAAAAUGGCCGCGACAACGACGAACGUGGAUGAAAUUCGGAAUCGAGUAAUUUUAGGAGAAUUUGGUGUAAAGAAUGUUCAUACAACAGAUUUUCCUGGAAACUACCCUGGCUAUGAUGACACGUGGAAUAUGCAGAAAUUUCAAAAGAACUUCAGAAUUGACGUAGUGCAUGUGGAUGAGAGCAGUAUGGAGUUUGACAUGGUGGGGAUUGAUGCAGCCAUCGCCAAUGCCUUCAGAAGGAUCUUACUAGCAGAGGUACCUACCAUGGCUAUAGAGAAGGUCUUUAUAUAUAACAAUACAUCCAUCGUCCAGGAUGAAGUCCUGUCCCACAGAUUAGGACUCAUCCCCAUCAAAGCUGAUCCCCGCCUGUUUGAGUACAGGAACACAGGUGAAGAGUCUGCAGAGGAGGAGGGAUCAGAAAUAGACACCAUUCAACUGCAGCUGAAGAUUAAAUGCAGCAGGAACCCCAGAGCCAGCAAAGACUCCUCUGAUCCACGGGAACUGUAUCUGAACCACAUGGUUUAUUCCAGGGACAUAAAGUGGGUCCCCAUCGGGAACCAGGCGGACGUGUUUGCAGACUCAGUCAUCGGACCAGUACAUGAUGACAUCCUGAUAGCUCAGUUACGACCAGGACAGGAGCUGGACAUAAUCAUGCACUGUGUCAAAGGACUUGGUAAGGAUCAUGCUAAGUUUUCUCCAGUGGCCACGGCCAGUUACCGUCUCCUCCCAGAGAUCACCCUGAUGGAGCCGGUGGAGGGAGAGAAGGCAGAGCGCCUAAAAAGCUGCUUCUCACGAGGAGUUAUAGACCUGGAAGAUGUUAAUGGGAAGAAGGUUGCCAAAGUGGUGAACAGUCGCCUCGAUACAUGUAGCAGGGAAAUCCUCCGACAUGAUGACCUCAAGAAUGUGGCGAAGAUCGGAAGAGUGCGAGACCAUUUCAUUUUUACCGUGGAGUCGUCAGGCAUCCUGCAGCCAGACGUCCUGGUCACAGAAGCCAUCAAAGUCCUCAUGGCCAAGUGUCAGAGAUUCAUCAAUGAACUGGACUCUACUGACAUGGAAUGAAAGACUGUCAGAGCACGCUCAGACCUUCCAUACAGGACUGGCUGUUAAAAGGCUUGGGUUGUUGCUACAGUGCUUUCAGUGGAAUGGCUCUGUGGAAACUUUCUGUAUUUAUAAAAUCUAUUCUGAAUUUCCAAAAAAGACUGAUUUAGUUAGGUUUGUAGACAUGAUGGAAGUAUGCAGUAUUGUUUUCUAGCACUGUGAGGAAGCAUGCCCAAGUGAUUUCACUGAGCUCAGUUCUCCUGAAAUAAGAGUGCUGAACAAAUGAAAAUAUUAGAAACAUCAAAUCAACAGGUUGAUAUACUGUACUCUUCUCAUGUCUCAUGUUAUGAUGUCAUAUUGUCAUCUGAACUUGAUUACUCAGCCAGUUUAUUUCAGUAUGAUCUGUUGUGACCUUAUGAUUUGUUGCCAGCAUCUAGGAGAAGACUUAAAGGCACCAGUCCAAAACAGAGAUUUUCUGGCUUUCAUCAGAAGGUAUGACAGAAAACUGUAAGACUAUGGUGUGAUGUAGACUUUUUUCAGUCUUUUUUUGAGCUCCAAAUUGUAAAAUGUCCUACAAAGCCCCUGGAAUAUUAUAUUUUUCUUACAAAUUAGGGUUCUUAAUAGUGUUCUUCUCCUCAUUUCUUCAAGAGCAACUCAUAACUGCUACCAGAUAUCAGCUGGAGUAGAGUAGAAGACACUGUCAAGGAAAUCUGUUCAAAAUGUUCCUUAUACAAGUUGGCUACAAUGAUGGUAUACAUGUGACCACAUUUCUGUU